GAUCAGCUCCGCUCGCUCUCGUCGCUCUCCGUCGGAACAGCUACUCACCAGUCGUCAGGUUCGUCGUCGUCGUCCACUUCCACGGGCGGGUUUUGGACUUGUUCUUUCUGCGACAUUGUACUGGAAUUGCACUCAGGAUCGGGGAUCUCUCGUCUCCCAUCGAAUUCCCCGCCAUGGCCACUUCCACUGCCAACGCCAACGCCAACUUGAACGGCAAAAAGGUCAACGUCCUGGUGUAUUCCGGAAAUGGAACCACCGUCGAAUCCGUCCGCCACUGCCUCUAUACCCUGCGCCGCCUUCUGGCCCCUCAUUAUGCCGUGAUCCCCGUGACGGCCGAUAUGCUCAUUAAGGAGCCUUGGACCCUCACCUGCGCCUUACUGGUGAUCCCCGGAGGCGCCGAUCUGGGAUACUGCCGGGCUCUCAACGGUGCGGGCAACCGCCGCAUCGAGCAGUUUGUGCGCCGCGGGGGUGCAUUCCUGGGCUUCUGCGCGGGCGGAUACUACGGCUGCAAGCGCUGCGAGUUUGAGGUGGGCGACAAGACUUUGCAGGUGAUCGGAGAGCGCGAGUUGGCCUUCUUUCCCGGCACUUGUCGCGGCGGCGCAUUUGGGGGGUUCGUCUACCACAGCGAGAGCGGGGCACGCGCGGCCGCCUUGACGGUCUCCAAGGAGGCAUUGGCAGCGGGGAUCGUGCCGACAGAGUUCCGAUCGUAUUAUAAUGGCGGAGGAGUGUUUGUGGAUGCGGCCUCGUAUGCGGACAAGGGCGUCGAGGUGCUGGCGGACUACGCGGAGGAAUUGAACGUCGAUGGCGGGUCGGGCGCUGCGGCCGUUGUCUACUGCAAGGUGGGCGAGGGUGCAGCUAUCCUGACGGGCCCCCAUCCAGAGUUUGCCGCGGCCAAUCUUGACAAGAGCGCCGGGGGUCCGGAGUACGCGCAGAUCGUGGAUGCAUUGGCGGAGGAUGACCGGGCGCGAACGGACUUCUUGAAGGCGUGUCUAGGGAAAUUGGGGCUGCAGGUGGCGCAGAAUACUACAACCGUGCCGUCGCUGUCGUCGUUGCAUCUGUCCGGGCUGGACCCGGCGGACACGGAGCAGAUCGUGUCGUCGCUGCGAGACGUCAUCACGACGGAAGGACAGGAGGAGUAUGUCAAGGACGAGAAUGACACGUUCCGCCUCGAGAAGGCCGGCACAUGGAGCAUGGGUACCCUGAACGAAGCCCUGCCGGACAGCUCGGAGGGGAUCGUCGACUACAAUGCCAUUACGAAGCGGAUCGUGGUGCAUGACGAGGUACCGUCGUCGAAAACCACGCCCUAUUUCAACCACCAUGCCUUCUACUCGAAUCUCCGCCGAUACCAGUCCCUCUCGAAGGAAGGGGCGUCUGAAUUCGGGUCGAAUCUGAUGUACGGAGAGGUCGUGACCAGCACCAACACGAUCUUGGAAAAGAACCCUAAGCUGUUGCGCAAACUCCCCCAGGGGUUCACGGCCAGCGCCACGACCCAGGUGGCCGGUCGAGGGCGUGGAUCCAACGUCUGGGUGUCACCGGCCGGAGCCCUCAUCUUUUCGACAGUGCUGCGACACCCGAUCGAGAAGAUGCAAUCGUCGCCCGUGGUGUUCAUCCAGUACCUGGCAGCCAUGGCGGUGGUACAGGGGAUCAAGAGCUACGACGAGGGGUACGAAGCCAUGCCGGUCAAAGUGAAAUGGCCCAACGACGUCUAUGCAUUGGAUCCCGAGGAGCCGGAUAAGAAACGCUACACGAAAAUCUCCGGGAAUCUGAUCAACUCGCACUUCUCCGGCAGCGAAUACAUCGCCGUCGUGGGAGUCGGUGUGAACGCCACCAACGCCUCGCCGACGACGUCGCUGAACGCUCUCGCCGCGCGCUUCGUGGGUCCUCGGGCGGCCCCCAUCAGCCUAGAGAAGCUACUAGCGCGCAUCCUCACGACGCUAGAGGACCUCUACGCCCGGUUCCUCCGCAGCGGAUUUGACCGAGGGUUCGAGGAGAUGUACUACAACGACUGGCUGCACAUGCACCAGGUAGUGACGCUGGAGGAGGAGGGCGGCGCGCGCGCUCGCAUUAAGGGCAUUACGCGCGACUACGGAUUGCUGCUGGCCGAGGAAUUGGGAUGGGACGACCGGCCGACGGGGCGCGUUUGGCAGCUGCAGAGCGACAGCAACAGUUUCGACUUUUUCCGAGGACUCGUCAAGCGCAAGGUGUAGGCGAUAAAAUUGUGAAAUGGUGAAGUGGUGAAGGCUGGGCGAAGGCUUCGACGAGCGCCAAGGAGGCUUAGUUCGGAACUAACGGCAGGGCUGAGCAGAAUUAAUGUUGCGGCCUACGCCGUACAGUCGUUUAAUUUCCUCGUAUCCGUGAGUGUUGCUGCAAGAGACAGAGAGAGAGAGUUAAUUAUAGAAUAGACGGUCGGCACCGCGGGUGGCCGACACGAUGAUCCAUGGACCGGCCACA